CCACCACCGCCGCCACCGUCGUCAUAGUCAUCAUGGUGUCCACGGGACUCCAGAUCGUGGCCCUGUGCCUGGCCAUCGUGGGUCUGCUGGGCACGCUGGCGGCCACCAUCCUCCCACACUGGCAGGUGACGGCUCACGUGGGCACCAGCAUCAUCACGGCCACGGGGCAGAUGCGCGGUCUGUGGAUGGAGUGCGCCUGGAUGAGCACGGGAUUCUUCCAGUGCCGCCCCUUCUACUCCAUCCUCGCAAUGAACCCGGCUCUCAAGGCCGCGCAGGCCAUGAUGGUCAUCUCGUGCGUGCUCACGGCGGCGGGCAUCGGCGCGGCCACGGUGGGCAUGAAGUGCACCCUGCUGCUGGGCCCAUCCUCCCGCCGCAGCAAGUCGCUGGUGGCCGUGUCGGGCGGCCUCUGCCUCAUCGUCUCCGCCCUCUGCACGCUCGUGCCUGUCGCGUGGAACACCCACAACACCGUGCGCCAGUUCUACGACCCGUGGUACCCGAGUCCCGUCAAGUACGAACUCGGCGCCGCCAUCUACCUGGGCUACGCCGCCGCCAUCCUCACCAUGGCCGCCGGCGUAAUGAUGGCCCUGUCGUGCCCCGAGAAGCGGCGACGUGCCGGGCCGCCACGCCGCCUUCGCCCGCGCCGGGAUGGGCCGCCGCGUGGGGUGGAGUCCGCGGGGACCGGGACUCCCGAGGUCCACACGGGCAUGAGUUGGGUGGCACCCCCUCCGCUGGCGUUCGUUGACAAAUGGGCCGAGGCCACGGGGCCUAUCGUGGAAAAGACGGUCAGGGCUCCGCGACAGGAAGACCAGAGCUCGCCCAAAGUUCACGGUGGGGUGAGUUGGGAAGACUCUCCGCCACUGGAGUUUGUUGAUAAACGGGCCGAGGCCAUGUGGCCAAUCGUGGAAAGGAAUAUCAGGGCUCCGCGAAUGGAAGGUCAGAGCUCCCCCAAAGUUCACGGCGGGGUGAGAUGGCAAGACUCUCCUCCACUGGAGUUUGUUGACAGAAGAAGAGCUGAGGUCACGGGAGGAGGUGUUGCGGAGGUGGGGAGAUGGUCACCCCCUGGAACGGGAGAACAUGGAGCCGGUCCCUUGGUGAUCCAGAAUCACUACGCUCUCACCAACCUGUGAGUGGACACAGGAGAUGAGUGAACACUUUGUCUCCUUCACAACCCUGUCUCUCCACGUAAAAAGAACACAUCCCAUCAGCCUCACACCCUUUCAACCAGCAUUGAUUCUGGACAAGCAACACUCUGGGCCGGUUUUCGAUAUCCAGUGGCUCAUCAGCAGUGUCAGGCUCGCUUGAAUCAAUUGGGGACGUGUGGAUCAGAGGCACGGACACUGGCAACAGGAAAGAUGGAACAGAAGAUGAAAAGUGCGCAAAGAGGGCACGGCGAGACGCAUGCUCGGAAGAGACGUGGAAGAGAAACGCGCGGACGCCAGGGACUUAACGUUGUAAUUUGAUGUUGUUGAACCCGGGAAGAACUUGGGAAACCAGGAUGAGCCUUGUGGUUAUCGAAUUAACCCUUUAUACCAGUGGUCCUUAAUCUGGGGUGCACGCAUCCACUGGGGGUGCGAGAUGCCCUUUCUGGGGGGUGCGAGACACGGCCAGAUUUUUUUCGUAGAUAAAUCAUGGAAACGGAAAGUUAGCACGGGGCACGUAAGAACAACACAUACUUUGUUUCGUCAAACCCUCUGCGUAUUUGUUAACAUUAUACAUUUGUUUAACGAUUGAGGACCAAAGGGGUGCAAGGCUGCAAGUCAAGGUUAAGAACCGCUGCUCGAUACCUCAGUAAGCUCCGGUAAGGGAGUGAAGCCAACCCAGAGAAGGCGCGAUCUCCAGAUCUACCAACGCGACCGGCAUGCACGCGUGUCCUCUGCUGCGACUGUUAAGAUGGGUCAGACGGGACGAAUGAUCAGCAUACGACUAAAAGAACACCAAAGGAGUAUUAAAUAUUCCCGUACACAACUGUCGGCAGUGGCAGAACACGCGUGCCAACAAGGGACACUCAAUUGAUUUUGAUCAUGUUGAAGCUGUGUGUGAAACUAGUCACUGCUGGCCAAAACUAAUUCGAAAAUCUAUUGAAAUUUAGAGAAGUAAAGAUAAUUGUAACCGUUCUGAUAGCUGCAUGCCUAUAUAGGUCAUCAUCAUACGUUGAUGGUGAUUUACUAUGAGGAGACAAGAACAGGUAUUGCGAUUUCUUGCACCCAUUGUGUGCAUGCAUAAUGUAUGAUAACCCAACCGGUAAUGGAUACCAUAAUAGUUUUUUU